AUGGACCGGCUGAAGAGGAGGAGAGCUCCACUGCGGGCAACCAUCACAAAAACCGUAAACGACAUUGAUGAAGAACUGGAAAACGACCCACCAGAUCAAGAAGUUCUCAACCUGAAACUGAACAAGUUGGGGAGGCUGUUGACAGAAGUGGGGGACCUGGACCAGAAGGUUAAAGAUGCAAUGUUAGAUGCAGAUUGCACCGAUGCCGAAUACGAGGCAGAAAUCAACGUCAUUCAAGAUUAUGAAGACAAGAUUCAUGCUACGCGAUUCAAAGUGGAGAAAGUGCUUCGACCAGGAGGCAAAACUCCCAGCCCACCAGCGAGUUUCUACAGUGUAGAGUCUGAAGGACAUCAGAAGAAGACCUUCAAACUUCCCAAGAUUCAACUGAAGAAGUUUAGUGGGGAUUUGAAGGAAUGGCUAGGGUGGUGGUCUCAAUUCUCUAAAAUUGACGAAGAUGAGGAACUUCACGCUAGUGACAAAUUCCAAUAUCUACUGCAAUGCAUGGUGACUGGAUCAAGAGCAAGAGGACUAGUUGAAAGCUUCCCAAUGACAGCCGAAAACUAUCCCAAAGCAAUUAUCGCCCUAAAGGAGAGAUUCGGAAAGGAGAAACUUCUUCAACAAGUUUAUGUCCGUGAACUAUUAAGAUUGGUCAUCGCAACGGCCAAAUCUAAGGAAAAGAUACUUUUGUCCGAACUCUACGAUAAGGUGGAGACACAGCUACGGGCCCUGGAGUCUCUCGGUAUCAAGCCAGAGCACACCACCCUGUUCCUUUUCCCGAUGGUGGAAUCAUGCCUACCUGAAGAAACCCUUACGACCUGGCAUCACAGUCCGCUACGGAAAGAAGACGGAAGCAAGCUAGUCCCACCAAAGAAUGAACUUCAUUUUCUCAUGGAAUUUUUACGUGAGGAAGUUGAAAAUGAAGCAACGAUGAGGUUAGUCAGAGCUGGAUUCGAAACAACAGCAAUUCAUGAAUCAUCAGGGAAAGAGAAAAAGAAGAACGGAUCAAAGGCGGAAGUUGCGAAAUCUAAGAACAAUGAAGAUAGCAUCCCAACCGCUGCCGGACUUUUUGCUGGACAGAAAUCAUACACGUGUAUUUUCUGCAGCAAGUCUCAUCCAAGCCCUGACUGUUUCAAGGCUCAGAACAUGAAUCUUCAAGACAAGAAUGAACUAAUUGAAGUAAAGAAAGCCUGUUCUAUUUGUCUCGGCACUAGCCAUCGCUCAAACAGUUGCAGGACCCCCGUCAAGUGUAUUUUGUGCUCAAGGAAGCAUCAGACAGUAAUGUGUACAGAGAUUUGGUCACUGAGGAAAACUGGACACAAGACGCCAGAAGCAGAAUCACCAACAACAAUGAACGGGAUGGCCAUGAAUAGUCACGCAUGCUCCGGAGAUGUUCUACUCCAGACGUUAAUGGUUCGACUCUACAAUGAGGGUGGGGGAUACAAAGUAGCAAGACUCGUAUUCGACAAUGGAAGUCAAGGAACUUCCAUCCGUGUCAAGUCUGCCCAAGAUUUGAAGUUGAAGCCCAUUGGAGAGAGCUGGUCACGUAAAGUGUUAUACGGCGGCCAAGUCACCGAUAUGCAGCGACACAACAAGUACAAGGUGCACAUCACUCAUCUCAACGGAUCGAAUGGGAGGAAUCUCAUCGUCAUGGAUGAGCCGGAAAUUUGCGGUCAGUUAAGUCGCGUCCCGAAGGGUCCAUGGAUUCAAGAGCUAGCUGCAAUGAAGAUCCACUUGAGUGAUUUCAAAUCAGAGAAUGCGGAAAUCGAGAUCUUGGUGGGCAGUGACUACUAUGGACAACUCGUCACCGGGCGUGUUGUUCAACUUAAAUGUGGAUUGACAGCGAUCGAGUCAGUAUUAGGAUGGACACUGUGUGGGAGAGUUCCAGGGGAAACAAAUGUGGCCGCAGUCGUCCUUUCCACAGCUCUCAUGUCGUGUCAAACUAGUGUGUCUGAGUUGUGGAACCUCGAAACUCUUGGCAUCCGCGAUCCUGCUCAGGUCAAAUCGAAAACUGAACGGGAGGAAGCAACCAGACAACAUUUUCAAGAAACAGUGUCUCGUGGUGAAGACGGGCGCUAUUCAGUUCGAUUACCUUGGGUAAACGGACCUCCGAGCAUUCCCGACAAUAAAUCAAUCGCGAUGAGAAGAUUGGAGUCCACUACCAAGAAAUUACAAGAAGCUGGCAAGUUUCAAGACUAUGACCAGAUUUUCAAGGAGUGGUUGAGAGAAGGUUUCGUGGAGAAACUACACGUGUAUGAAGAAGAUGAAGAAGGCACUCAUUACCUCCCUCAUCAUGCCGUGAUUAAACCACAGAGUCUCACCACCCCCGUUCGACCAGUUUUUGACGCCUCAUGCAAGACUGGAAGAAAUCCCUCACUAAAUGAUUGUCUAGAGAAGGGUCCCAAUGAACUGGAACUCAUCCCAUCCAUCAUUUUACGGUUCCGAGAAAAGAAAAUCGGCGUCAUCUCUGACAUCCGAAAAGCGUUCCAAAUGAUCGGAGUGCACGAAUCCGACCGAAAUUUUCUCCGAUUCUUAUGGUGGGAGGACGUGGCUGUGAAGAAAGUGCAAGUUUUCCGGCAUAUGCGAGUUGUUUUUGGGGGCAACUGCAGUCCAUUCUUAUUGGGAGCAGUUUUAUCACUACACCUCGGAGCGGCCGAUUUACCCCAGCGAAUAAGGGACAUCGCCCAGAAGCUGUUAAGAUCCAUGUAUGUUGACAACAGUGUCACAUCUGUAGACUCCAUAGAGGAAUACGAAGAGUUCAAGACAACUUCCAUUCAACUCCUAUCUGAAGCAAAAAUGGACUUGCGUCAAUGGGAGUGUGGCUCUGCGGAGGGAUCCGGAAUCGGCCCAGCCGGGUGCGGAUUGGUGACUGGUGGAGACCACACCCCUCAAGAAAUGACGACAGUCCUGGGAUUGAAAUGGAACAAGUGCCUAGACGUCCUGAUGGUAGAAGUACCCAAAGUGGAUCUGCCAGAACUAAUUACUAAACGUGUAAUUCUGUCCCAAGUUCAACAGAUCUUCGACCCAAUGGGAUUUUUGAGUCCUGCAACAUUGGUUCCCAAAAUGCUCUUACAAAAGACGUGGGAAACGAAGAUGAAAUGGGAUGAGGAAUUAAGCGUGAACCUCAAGAAGGAAUUUUUAGCAUGGUGGAAUCAAGCAUCGGAUUUGGAGCAAAUUCACAUCCCAAGGUAUGCGAUCAGAUCCACACAUGACAAUCUACAACUCCACACCUUCUGUGAUGCCAGCCAAAACGCCUACGCAGCAGCGGUGUUUAUCAGAGUCGAAACAGAAGACGAAGUGUUCAUCCAGCUACUUCAAGCGAAGUCGAGGGUGGCACCAAUCAAUAAAGUGACAAUUCCCAGACUUGAACUUUUGGGAUGUACUAUUGCUACACGUUUAACUUCAGCUGUAAAAAAAGCAUUGGCAUUUGAAGAUAUCCCUACAUUCUACUGGAGUGACUCCACCACAGCGCUCGCUUGGAUCCGGAGAAACGACGAGUGGGGGACUUUUGUGGGCAACAGGGUGAAGGAAAUUUGUUCGCUUUCACGUGUAGAAGAGUGGCGACAUGUUCCAGGGAAGUUAAACCCAGCGGAUUUGCCAUCAAGGGGAUGUUCGCCGUCGGAACUACUUGACAGUCGUUGGUGGGAGGGUCCAGGGUGGCUCAAAUCCCCAGACGACGAAUGGCCACUGCAAGCAAGUGAAGCAAACGAAGAACAAAUCAUGUCCGAAGCCAAGAAGAAGUCCAUUCAGAUGAAUGCAGUGGAUACCCUGAAAUCUUUGUGGUACGUUCGCUAUUCGUCAUUUACCAAGAACGUCCGUCUAGUGGCACUUAUCAUCAGAUUUGCCAACAAACUGCGGAAGAAGAGUACAGAGAAAGGAGAGUUGAAACGGUGGGAGCUUGAAUCUGCAGAGGAGAAGUUAUUCAUCCUGGUCCAGCAAGAAACUUUCCCAACUACACGUGUACCGGAAGAUGUUAUUGCUGGCCUGCGUGUAUUCAGGGAUGAAGAUUCAACUUUACUCCAUGUCAAGACCAAACUCACCCAUCGAAAUGAUGACACCAACAUUUUUCGUCAACCCGUGCUACUCCCGAAUUCACAUCCAUUGGUGGACCAACUCAUCAGAGAGGAACACAUCUACAAUGCGCACGCUGGGGCACAAUUCCUCAUGGGACGGUUACGAGAACGGUGCUGGAUAAUCCAAGGCCGAAGAGCGGUCAGGAAGAUUAUCAAGAGUUGCGUCAUUUGUCGACGAUUCACCACCAAGGCCCCCAUUUUACAACAAGCCCCUUUGCCAGAAGAUCGUGUCAAGAACGCCAGAGUAUUUCAGACUACUGGAAUAGAUCUAGCUGGACCAUUGUAUUUGAAGGACGGGUCGAAAGUGUGGUUCGUCAUCUUUACAUGCGCCGUUUACCGAGCAAUCCAUUUGGAACUUGUUUCAGCAAGCAGUACGGACGCAUUUCUGCUCGCGUUGUUCCGCUUCAUCAGCCGCAGAGGUCGACCGUCAGUUAUCUACAGCGACAACGGGACCAACUUUGUGGGAGCGGACAACCUAUUUAAGAAGAUGGAUUGGAAAAAGAUCGAGUCUGCUACACGUGUAAGUAGGAUUACCUGGAAAUUUAACCCUCCAUCAGCAGCAUGGUGGGGUGGAUUCUGGGAGAGACUCAUCCGAAGUGUCAAGGAUUUACUGAAGAGAAUGUUGGGACACAGAAAGUUGGACUACGAACAACUUCUCACAUGUUUAUACGAAGCAGAGGCAGUAGUCAAUUCUCGACCUCUGACUUUGGUGACUGAAGAUCAAGACGAUCUCAUACCACUAACUCCAGCAAUGUUUAUCCAAGAUAUUGCGGAGAUCAAUUGCCCUGAAGUUGAGAACCUGACUGGGAUGGGACUGAACAGGAAGUACAAACAAAUGAAAAUUUUACACGUGGAGCUGCGAAAUCGCUUCCGGAAGGAAUACUUUGGCCAACUGGUUCAGCGAGGAAAGCACCACAGGUCAGUCUCAUUUCAAGUUGGCGACGUUGUUCUCAUCGGAGACGACAACAAGAAGAGGAUCGAGUGGCCGAUGGGAAGAAUCAUUCAACUCUAUCCAGGGAAAGAUGGUCAAGUGCGGGUGGCGAGAGUCAAGACCACAACGAACGAGUUCUUACGGCCCCUCCAACGCUUAUUCCCACUUGAAGUAUCCUCCCCCACUGAAGUCCCCUCUGUGCCCAAGGUGGUCAUGGAGAAAGCAGUAAGAAAGAAGAAGGAAAAGGUGAAGUUUGAGGAGAAGGAAGUCAUCACACGAGCUGGACGACGGGUCAAGAUGCCAACCAGACUUGGAGUGGAUGAUACCGAAAGGCACUAA